CCGGACCCUGAAACAGCAAACACGAAAAUGGGGAAAAUGAGUUUCUAUGUGCUGUGGUCCCUUCGUGAUGCUCCCCGCCAGUUCAUCAGCAAAUCCAACCGACGGUGCUUCCAGGUGCACAUGCCGCUGCCUCUGCCCAAGCAGCUGGUCAUCUUUGGGCUUGGAGAGUGGAGAGGCGGCGACACGAGCACCGUCGCAGUGGAGGUUGUCGUCAGUGCAGAGGUCGAGGCCCAGAGAAUUGGGACUCUUUCUUCUCAGGCAAGGUGUCUGACUUGGGAGGGAGACUGGAACACAAACAUCGCCUCAGUGGCAGCAGAGAGAAGCAGGAAAGGAGUGUACGGCAAGAUUGUGCUCACAGUGUGUGGAGAGGACAUGACGAGUGUCUUCAGCAGCACUCCUCUAGUUCAAAGGAAAUGUCUGUUCCCGGAACAGCACGACGCGACCAACCUCUGCAGCACGUUAAUCCAAAAUACUGAAAAUGAGACGAUCACUCCCAACUCCUCGCAGUUGAGUGACAGUGUUUCCUUUGCUGAGAUCCAAGUGAACAAAAUUGACACCAGUUCUUCUGCUGUGGGAAAUAAACCCAGUGCUUGGCCCACGGACAAAACACCCAGGCGGACGGUCAUCAGUAAGAGAGGUCAUCUGACGUGGAGCUCUGAGGACAUGGACAGUCUCACCGAGGACAUCGACCUGGCUUCGACCCCCAAGAAAAAAAGGCUGUGCAGGAUGAACAGCGAGGAGGGAAUGAAGAGUGACAGCAGAGAAGUUGCAGCGUGUCCAUCGAAGCGCUGGAGCCACACGAUGUGUCUGAGUGACCCCAACACUGCUCUGCUCAUCGGCGGAGAGACAGCCGAUCAAAGCUACUGCAAGGAUUCUCUGUGGAAGCUGGAACUAGACGGCGAUUUCUGGUUCCCCAUGAACUCCUCUACCUCUGAACCUGGACCCCUGUGUGCCCGAGGACACUCCGCGUCCUACGACCCAAACUCCAAGUCGCUGUUUGUCUACGGCGGUCUGAGGGAAGGUCAGCGCUACAGCGAGAUCUACAUCCUCAGUACUCUGACCUGGAAGUGGAAGCUUGUCAAUGCAAAAGGGAGCAUACCAACUUUGGCAUAUCACUCUGCGGUGUUUUACAAGAAAGAGCUCUUUGUCUUCGGUGGUGUCCAGCCAGGACAUUCAUCAGGGGAUAAAUCCUGCAGCAACGCUCUGUACAUCUUUAACCCAGAGUUUGAACUCUGGUACAAACCCAUUGUGGAGGGAGACAGACCUCUGCCUCGGUUUGGGCAUUCGGCCACACUGCUCUCGCAAAGGCUGAUAAUAUUUGGCGGCCGGAAGACGGCGACCUACCUUAAUGAUCUCCAUGUUUUAGAUUUGGGAUUUAUGGAGUACACAGCUGUGAAGUGUGGGAACAUGCCUCCGCUGCCUCGAGGGUUUCAUGCAGCGCUGCCAGUUUCAGACAACAGGAUUUUAGUGAGUGGAGGCUGCAGUGCGAUUGGAGCCCUGCAGGAUGUGCACAUCUUCAACACAGACACCAGCACGUGGAGCUCAGUGGCGUCUCCCGCACUUUGCUCCAAACCCCGUGCGGGACACAGCAUGAUAAGUCUGGGCUGCUCCAUCCCGACUGACGGCGAGAAGCGUGAGCGGGGCGAAAGUGUCAAAGUCCACUGCGCGCUGCUGGUGUUCGGCGGGUCGGACUGCUCCGGCACCUUCUACAAUGACACAGUCAGGUGCACAGUGGAGGUUCCCGUUGGAAAGUGACGCGACGAUGCUGUGAUUUAGGACUUUGAAAAUGUAUCUUGAGUUGUUUCACUGUGUGUCUUUAUUUAUAUAUUUAAAAUGACUUUUCUGUUGCUUAGUUCAUCUCUUAUGUCUCUUUCACCGUCUACCUGAUUCAUAACUAUUCAUAUUCCCAGCAUAGGGCUCAUACUCUGAGUGACAGACACUUUGCCUAACAAAUCUCCUCAUCUGCAUGUUCUACACAUUACUUCAUGCUGUGAACUAGCAGCUGCUAAAAUGCGUUUUAUGAAUGCCGUGCAUUUCUGUCUAAUGCAGCUCUUCCUAUGAAAUCCCUUUUCCUCACUUAUGAGUGCAUAUAACAGUGUUAAUGUAUUAGUAAUUGCUUUAUAAAAUGUUAAUAAAUCUGUAUUAACCUCA